AUGCCUAACAAAAUAUCAAUUUAAUCGUUCUCAAAAUUUGCUUAAACUAGGCAAUAAAUUUUUUUACUAUAUUUUGACAUUCUAGCAAACAAUAUAUAAAAUAUUUAUGGAAGUUAUUUAAAUUACAAACAUUCAUUAUAUGAAUUCUUUAUGGCUGACAUAUAUGUAAUUGUAUAGUUAAAAAUCAUAAGAACACUUGUAAAACUUUAUAAAAGAAAGGAAUAAUUAAGUUAAUACUACGUCCAGAGCUACUUAUUCAAUUUAGAUGUAAUUCUUUCGACUUUUCAUUAUUAUUUAUGA